AUGGCUUUGCUUCAGUACAGCGCCCCUGUCGAUUAUGCGGCGCAAUUAGACGCCUUCAAGGACUUUCUGCAGCACUUCAAAAGCUUUGAAUCGACCGACGCCUCCGCUGCGACCGAAGCCAUUGAAGAUCUGCACAUCGAUGGAGAUCGCACCAGCGAUGAGUAUGACUUUAUGGACGAUGCGGAAGAUGGUGAAGGAAGAGAGGGGGCUGGCCGCAGACGCCGCCAACCAAAGCUCAAGUACAUGCAGAUGUUGCAGGAAGUAGCGGAUCGAGAGCGGUCGAAUGUCCUCAUCGAGCUGGACGACCUGGCUACCGUGAGUAUCUCCCUGAAUCUAUGCUUCGUGCGCUAA